UAGAAGCAGCAGGACGUCAGGGCGCAUGCGCAGUGUUUGAAAGCGAUGGCGGCGAUCACGGAAGAGGCGAUUCGGGAGAGAGUCAAUCUGCGGCAUCAGAACCUCGCUGAUGUCCGAUCAUUGUCUCUUCCUGGAACUUAUCAUGAAAAGAUUACUCAUUUAGGAAAUUCUCUGAAAAAUUUCACUCGCCUAAAAUCCUUAGACCUCUCUCGCAAUGCAUUGGUUAGCUUGGAGGGUAUUCAGCAUCUCAUAUUUUUAGAAAAGCUCAAUCUCUAUUACAAUCACAUUUCAUCACUAUCAGAAAUAUUUCGACUUCAUAGUUUAACUGCUCUCAAGGAUGUGGACCUCCGUCUGAACCCUGUAGUUAAAAAUGAGUCUGAUUAUCGUCUUUUUGUUGUGCACAUGCUUCCUAACCUUAGACGAUUAGAUGAUCGACCAGUGAGAGAUAGUGAACGAAAAGCAUCCCUUUUGCAUUUCACCACAGAUCAUGCAUUUGAGUUAAAAGAUUCUUCACCAACAGCAAAAGUGAAUGAAAUUGAAAGAUCUGGCCAGCCACGGAUAGCAUAUAUUAACUCCAUGUCAAGGAAGUGUUCAGUGAUGGAUGAAGAAGAUGAAGCAGUGCUAAACUUAAUUACAAAGUGUGAAUGGGACUUGAGCAAACCUCUUGGAAUAACAGGAUCUGCUAAAAAGGACCCUGAAGUAGAAUUUCACAGUUUACAAAGUAUUCGCAAUAUUGAAGAUAAUGUUGGCAUUACUAUGAAUAGGAAAUCUGAAACCAGACCCAUCAGCCUACAAAUGCGGAAGCAACAAGCAAAUAUGCCUAUGGAUGUUAGUUCAGAAACCAGAAACGCAUUGAAAGUUCAGGAAACGGACGAAGAGUACAGAAGUUUGCCUGAUUGUUCACCAACUCUGCCUGUUGUACAUAAUACCAUUAAGCAAGGGAAUGAGAAAAGGAAAAAUAGUACCAAAGUUACAUUUUCAGACAAUAAGAGUCAAGAUCUUCCUAAGAGAGACCCUAAUCUGAAAUUUCAAGAUGAGGCUGAAUCUUAUAAAAAAAUUACAACCCAUGCCAAUUUCACACCCCAUCCAGACUCUCAAGAAAUUUCUUCUCCAGUCCUCUCCUCUCCAAAGAUGCAUACACAGGCUCAGAAGAUUUUUAAUACAUUAUCAGCAUCUAGAUUACUUUGCAAUAGAACAUCACAUAAUGGAGGAAACCAACCAGUUCAGAACCAAACUUACUCUGCAGCUUUGCAGAAAAAUAAUGGACAACCUAAUGUUAGUGUGAAUGUGUCUAAACAAGAAACAAUGCAAGAGAGUGGGAGAAACCAUCCUCCUUCCAUUCAGGAACCUGGACCUGAAGAGCAAAGGCCAAAUAGCAAAACUACAGAUGUCAGAGAGGUGUUCGAAACGCAUCAAGUAGCAACUCAGUCAGCUAAUAAACAUCUGUAUGAAGCAACACCUAUGGAACAUCUUCUGGACUUAGUAGACAAAUAUUGGAAUGGUUACAAAUCACUCCACUGCAAUGAGAAAUUUCUUUCUCAGGCAGGACUUGUUUUGUCUGCAAUGCAGAAAUCUGCACCUGCGGAUCAACAAAAAGAUUCUGCAACAAUGUGUCAGGAGGUGAAUAAUCUGCUUGUAGAGAAAAAGACUUUACAAAGUCCUUUGUCUGAACAAGAUCAGCAAUACAACAUAAAGAUUAACAGUCUGAUGUCAGAACUGAGCAACUCUCGAAAAGACAUGGAUAUCUUGAAGCAACGUUUAGACCAGUUGUUGGAAGAGAACACUAACUUAAAAGCUCAUCUGUUAAAUGUGGAACAGAAUGUGAAAAAUGCAGACAGUUCUAGUUCAUUACAUUUGCAACUUACUGAUCUGCAAAACGAGAAUCAACAGUUAAGAAGUGAAAACAUCAACUUGAAACAGCGUCUUCAGCACUAUGAUCAGAUUCAGGAGCUCACAGAGAUGUUGCAGGAAAGUCACAGAACUUUGGUUUCUACCAAUGAGCAUCUCCUGCAAGAAUUAGCAGAGACACGUAUACGGCACAGGACUGAAGUUGAGCAGCUACACUGGAGUUACAAUCAGUUAAAAAAAACAAUGGAUAAACAUCCUCAUAGCAACAUGGACAACAGCAGGUGUUAGUGACAAUCCAAGGAAGUUUAUUGUAAAUGAUUUAUAAGAGGUGACACCCUUGAGUUUAUCUGACUGUGUGAGUAAACAUUUACAACUGCACCAUGAGUUGAUGUCUUUGAUACCUUUUAUUUAUUCAAAAUUGUUUUUCUGUCGUUAUGCAUAUGAAUUGUUCAGCAGAGAUUUCUCCAGAACAAAUCUUCACUUUCUUUUUUACAGAAACAUGGAUGUGCAUGAUGGCAAUUUAAACCCAGUCAGAAAUUUUGGUUGAGCACUUUCAGUCCAGAACUCAGGGCUACCUAAAGCUAAAUGUGAGUUCAAAUUUAGAACUAUUAUUUUGAAAUCAGAACCUUAAGUGCCAAUGGCUGAGUUAGUUCACAAGGACAUAGCUCAUAUUUUUAUAUAUAAAUGUAGUAUAACGUAAGUUGAAUUAUAGCACUGAUUUGUACUUAUGCGCUGGGUACUGCUGUCCAUAUUAUCAAAUGUAAUAUUAAACAUGGUUUAGAAGGGAAACUUUUUAGGGAAAUAGAAAAUAUUCACUGCUUGCUCUUUCAAUUCCACUGUGGGUGAGCACCUGUAACAAGAGGUGAAACUUUACAAAGAAUGUAUCUGUGAUAGUCCUUUGGCCUAUGUGUGAUUGAUAGUAACUUUAGUUAUUCCAUUACAAAUAACACUAUCAAAUAUUUUCCCUAAA